UGCGAAGCGUUGGAUGGACGAAAUGAAAAACACGCCAACCCUAGGUAGAGACGCCCUCUUCGUGACAUCUCUUAAUGUCGGGAAGCUCAUACACUGUUUACAGAGGAAAUACGCAAGAAGGCGAUGGACAUUGGAAAUGAUUGACAAUGAUAUCAAAGCGUUGGCCCCAGUUUCCGAUGAGAACGACCCUGGUGAUCCUCUUCCAGACGACGACGUCAGGACCCACGUUUUCCCCAUCGAUCCGCCGACCGAUUUCAUCUUUUCAAUGGCAAAUGCGGCGGGCGAAGAGAGGAGCAAGCAACAACUGAAGUAUUCACAAGAGCUUGUGGGUUCUAACGAAUGGUAUGGCCUCGAUAAUGACUUGAGGGAUGUUCCCAGUAGGUCGUCGACCGUUGAUAACCGGCCCUGAAAAAUGUACAAUUUCUGUCCAUGUUGACUUCGGACAACGAAAUGGGGCUUUUUUCAGUACUGUUGAUAAUUCUCCGUCACAAGGUGGAAGGACGCAGUAUUGUCGCCUGAGGUGGUACCAAUAGCGAGGCACAUUUGGCAGGCAUCCGUAGAGAAUAACGCGGAAAGUAUUCGAAGUAAGACGGAAAACUGAAGUAAACCGCGAAGAAGGCAGGGAGAGGCGAAAGGUCACUAUCACGUGUAUCACGUGAUAGUCGCAUAAAUGUGACCGUU